CCCCCACUCCCGGGGCGGGAAGCGAGAGGCCAAGCCCCGGCCCGAGGUGGCUCACCCAGGCUGGGGCUAAAGAAGGACGAAAGAUUUCAUUCAUCUCCAUGGCUGUCCCAUGUGAAAAGAUUUAAGUGCUGCUGAACGUAUUUGAACUAUCCAAGGCUAAAAGCUUUAAGAAAUUGAAACCAUGAUAAAUUUCUGUCAAAAAAAUAAAAUGGAUUCAUCAAAUGGAAAUGAAAUUAACAAGACAGAAGAAAGCCAACUCAAAUGUACUAAUCCAGAUGAAGAAAGAGAAAAAAAUCAUGUUUAUUGUCUUCUUAAUAUAAGUGACAAUAUACUUGAGCAAGAGCAAAAUAUAAGAUCCAAGGAGUUUUUUAUUAGCACUGGAUGGGAAGAAGCAGUACAAGGCUGGAGUAUGGCUUCUCCAACUGCCUGCAUUUGGGCGAGAAAGAAAUGCAAAAAACCAAGAGCAGGAGAAUAUGUUAGCAGCUGCUUGCUAUGUUUAAAUAUGUUACAAGUCACUGACAAAAACAUGGUGCCUGAACCUAAGCCUUUUGCUGAGCCAGCCAAGGCCGAGGUAAAACUGCAAGCCAGCGCACCAGUCCCUGUGAUGAUAGCAAAGGAAGAGGCCAGUCCCCUACGCCAAGAUGUAGCCAACAGCACAGAAAGUCUGUCAAAGGAAAUCAGCAAAAUCUGCUUUCCAGCCCCUAAUCAGGGGGAACGGAAGAGCCUGCAAGUAAAGGAGUUUGUUUGGCACUCAGAGAAGUGGUUUUCACCAGACAGUUUCAAGGAUGUCAAAAGGCCAGAAAAUGCUGGUGUCCACUCAGACAAAGAUAGCACUGCUUUGGAGUCUCUGACUCCCAAGUCUCUUUUAGUUCUGCCUCCCCUCAAAGCAUCUUCCAAAAAUAACCUGGAUGGCAUUGUAAAGAAGAAUAAAGGCAUAUUCACUCAUUUGGAAGAGAAACUGCCCAGUUCAGAUAAAGCUGAGAACGUUUCCUGUAUUUAUGGGAGCAAGACUUUUGACUACAAAGGAGAGAAGAGAAUUGUUGAAACAAUAAGGGGUUCUGUGGACAAGCAUCUUAAGUUAAAUGAUGCACCUUCCCUUUCUCCACGGAUUACAAGGACUUUAUUUCCUGAGCAUGAACGAUGCUGUUUACACUGGUCCUUUCUGCCAGAAAAAGAUUUGGCAUCCAACCCUAAUUCAGUUAAUUCCAAAAAGUUUAGCCAUCUCACUACAUUGCGGCUUAUGGAAAAACAGGGAAUGCAGAAUGGUAAAGUCAAAAUCAGAAAUGAGUUAAGACCUCCUGUUAAUAUCAGAAAGCAAAAUUUCCUUGAGGCCAAGCGAGAAAGCCAGUCUAAAACUGUGGAGGCCAAGGUUUUUUCAGGUCCUAUGUUGCCUUCUCUAACUGUGAACAGAGUUGUAAUCACUAUGUUGCCUCAUAGACUCCUAUAAUGUUUUCAUAUUAUAAUCUCCUGGAAACAAAUGCUUCUUGAAAUUCUCUUUUUUUCCCACCCCCUACAGCCUGAGGUCUACUGUUUGUGUUUUAUUCUUGUGCUUAGAAACAAUGUGUAUUUGUUACCUCCUGGAAAUACUGCUUAGGUAUAUGCAAAUUGUAAACUGAUAAUUCCAGGUUGGGAAUUCUUCUGACUGCCCAUGGCAUGCCUAGUAGGAGUGAAAUGGAUAAUAUUUCAGGGUGAAUCCAAAGGAUUGUCUGUUUUUACUAGUGUUGGCUCAGAUUGUCUUUGUAGGGCUAUUUCCUUGUGUUUACCAGUGCCAUAAUUUGAGCUCACUGGAAGAGUUUAGACUAAACUCUUCUUCUAAACUCUUCUCUGCAUAGAGAUCUCUUUCAUUAGCUAAAUCUGAAACUCCCUACUUCUGUUUGUUCCGUGAUGAAUUAGAAGAGAGGUUUAAAGAAGAAAUUGGAGUGCUUACUUCCUCUACUUUAAAA